AUCCCAUCGUAAACCAGGCGGCAAUUUCAAUUACGUCACCUGCACUCCAUCUCACAAUCUUCUUACAUCAAUAAAUAAAUUAAUUAAUAAAUAAUAAUACAGUCCACAGAGUCCACCCUGUAACCUCUUAACAGACAGUUCAUUCAUACAUCCCCAAAUUCUACCAAACCCUAACUGUAUAUAUUCUUCUUAUACCUAUUACAACUCUUUCAUCUACAAAUGUAAUUAUAUUAUAUAUUUGUUUUCUAUAUCUAUAUAUAUAUAAUCAUAUAUAUAUAUAUAUACACACACACACUUACUGUCAAAAAAGAUUCCAAUUCCCUCCUAUUCCAACUAUACAAUAACAGAACCUUCUUAUUAUUAUUUUAGAUCUGAAAUUUGUAUACUUCAUUUAGCUCAGAUCAAUUUGACCGACUAAAAAUCAAUAAAACAGUUGGCGCAAUGGACGGCGGUGGCGGUGGUGAUUCACAAGCAGCAGCAGCAGCAAUGAAGCUCGAAUCACCGGUCCGACCGGAUCACGGUUUCAAUUUGGAUCCACCGGAUGUCUCUGUUUCUUCUCCUGUAACUAGACAGAAAGCUGCUGCUGCUAAACAGUUGAUUGAAAAUCAUUAUAAGAAUUACUUACAAGGUUUACAGGAUCGUAAAGAAAGACGGAGAGCGUUGCAGAGACGAGCCGCGGAGGCGCAAGUAUCGAGUGAGGAAGAGGAACAAAUGUUAAGGAAUUUGGAGAAAAAAGAGACCGAGUAUAUGAGAUUGCAGAGGCAUAAGAUUGGGAUUGAUGAUUUCGAGCUUUUGACUUUGAUUGGCAAAGGUGCUUUUGGCGAGGUUAGGUUAUGUCGUGCUAAAACUACGGGAGAAGUUUUUGCAAUGAAGAAGCUGAAGAAAUCGGAGAUGCUUAGUCGUGGUCAGGUUGAGCAUGUUCGAUCUGAGAGGAAUUUGCUUGUGGAGGUUGAUAGCCGAUGCAUUGUAAAACUAUUCUAUUCUUUUCAAGAUGCUGAUUACUUGUACCUUAUCAUGGAGUAUUUACCCGGAGGUGAUAUUAUGACUUUACUAAUGAGAGAGGACAUUCUUUCUGAAGACGUUGCUCGAUUUUACAUGGCUGAAAGUAUCAUGGCCAUUCAUUCUAUUCACCAGCACAACUACAUUCAUAGGGACAUCAAACCAGAUAACCUGAUUCUAGACAAGAAUGGCCAUCUAAAGCUGUCUGAUUUUGGUUUAUGUAAGCCCCUAGAAAGUAAAUUUUCAUCAAUAUUGUUGAAUGAUGAAGAUUAUGCUAAUCAGGGCCCCAUUAACGACAAUGAUGGACAGCAAGUUCCUUGGUUAAUGCCAAAGGAAAAAUUGCAACAGUGGAAGCGUAACCGACGUGCCUUGGCAUAUUCUACCGUUGGAACACUUGACUAUAUGGCACCCGAAGUGCUCCUAAAAAAAGGAUAUGGAAUGGAGUGUGACUGGUGGUCAUUAGGUGCAAUCAUGUAUGAGAUGCUUAUCGGCUAUCCCCCAUUUUGUUCUGAUGAUCCUAGAAUGACCUGUCGCAAGAUCAUAAAUUGGAGAACAUGCUUAAAAUUCCCAGAGGAACCAAAAGUUUCAAAAGAGGCCAGGGAUUUGAUCUGUCAUUUGCUAUGUGAUGUUGAAUCAAGGUUGGGGACGGGAGGAGUGGAUGAAAUAAAGGCACACCCAUGGUUUAAUGGAGUCAAGUGGGAAAUGCUAUAUGAAAUGGAUGCUGCAUAUAAACCCAUUGUCACUGGAGAAUUGGAUACUCAGAAUUUCGAGAAGUUCCCUGAAGUGGAAGACCCCCAGUCAGCAGUACCAAGAGUUGGACCUUGGAGAAAGAUGUUAACAUCAAAAGACUCCAAUUUCAUAGGAUAUACCUUCAAAAAAUCAGAUAUGUUGAAAUCAGUGGGAACUUCAGGUAUUGAUAUGAGGGCAAAUGGAGCUUCCAAGCCCCCAUCAUUGGUGUCCUUGUUUGGUCAUAUGGAUUUGAAAGGAACUGCAUUACCUGAGGAAGAGCAGGAGCCUAAAAGUUGACGCAGCCACAGGUCUUUAUAUGCAAGCAUUUAGAUCUCACACACGGCUGUUUUAAUGAAUGUUUACUGUAAAAAUACAACAAUCUGAGAAGAUCAGUCUUAAUACAAUUUUGAGUUUCAUAAUUUACUUCA